ACCAUCUCGGAUCUUCCACGCGCCGAAUUAUUCAUAUAUGUGUACUCCUUUAAUAAUCUAGGUAGACCCCUGAUAGAUGUUCUUGCGUUCUCUUAGCAUUCUACGUGAAGUUGUGAAUUUCCCACCUUCACCUCUUAAAAUCCCAACCUGUUCGCGUUUCCAUGAUGGGACAAUAUCACAACAGCAGCUUCGUCGUAUACGACACCCAGCCGCUUGGCCAUUGGUCUUUAUGGGCGCUGACCUAUUCCAUUCUCGCCGUCAUCCCGUUCACCCUCUUCUACCUCCUGCAAGCUUCUGGCGGGAGCAAGUUGCCUACACUCAAUAGCAAGAGGGCGUUUGAGUUUUUCGAUAAACGAGUGAAACGGAACUUUCGUGUCAACGGGCGGCAACUUCUCCGGGAAGGCCUUGAGAAAUUCAAUGGCCAGCCGUUCAGGAUUUUGACAGACCACGGUCCCACCAUUAUCCUGCCUCCCUCGUAUGCGCAGGAGAUCCGCAACCUCGGAGAUCUGAAUCAUGUCAAAGCUAUCGCCAAGUUUGUCCACCCCGAAUAUCCCGGUUUUGAAGCCUUCCACGAGUUCGCCUAUGGCGACGACAUUAUCCAGGACGUUGUCAGGUCCAAGGUGACACAGUGUCUAGGCACCAUUACAAAGCCACUUUCGGAGGAGACAGCCAUGACGCUUCGGGAUUGUUUUACGGACGACGAGAAAUGGCAUCCGAUCAGCCUCCACGAGACAGUCCUUCAUGCAGUUGCUCGCGUAUCCUCUCGUCUGUUCCUUGGCGACCGGCUCUGCCGAGACCCUGAAUGGCUCCAUAUUACCACCACCUACACACAUCACAUAGCCAAAGCCAUUUUGGAACUCAAUACCUGGCCUGCUCUCCUGCGACCAUUGGUGCACCGAUUCCUGCGUCGUAAUCGCGAAUUAAUUCAUCAGGUCCAGGAAGCUCACAGGGUUAUGGGGAAAGUCCUCGACGAGCGUCGAGCGUUGAAGGCAGCGGGACAGUCGCCCGAGUACAUCGACGCUAUAGAGUGGUUCGAGCAGGUCGCCAAGGGCCGCAAAUACGACCCAGUCCACGUGCAGCUGACUCUAUCCUUUGUCGCCAUCCACACUACCGCCGACAUGAUCACGCAGCUGAUGUUUGACCUUGCUCAGAAUCCAGAGUACAUCCAGCCGCUUCGCGAAGAGGUAAUAGAUGUACUGGGAAAACUCGGAUGGAAGAAGACCUCCCUUUAUAAUCUCAAGUUGCUUGACAGCGUUCUCAAGGAGUCCCAGAGGCUGAGGCCAAUCAAUGACACCUCUCUCCAGCGUUUAGCCUUACGUGACGUGAAGCUCUCGGACGGAACGGUACUACCGCGCGGUUCGAUAUCCGCUGUCGCAUCGACCCGUCACUGGGACUCGCACUACUACCCCGAUCCGCACAAGUUUGACGGGUAUCGGUUUCUGAAAAUGCGUACCGAUGGCGGCAAGGAGAACGUUGCCCAGUUUGUUUCGACGAGUCCGGAUCACCUCGGGUUUGGCCACGGACAACACGCAUGCCCAGGUCGCUUCUUUGCCUCGAAUGAGAUCAAGAUCAUAAUGUGUCAUAUCUUGCUGAAGUACGACUGGAGAUUAAUUAAGGGGCAGGAUCCUAAGGCAAUGGUGCAUGGGUUCAUCCUUGCUGCGGACCAUACCACAAAGCUCGAAAUACAGAGGCGGCGGGAGGAGCUUGACAUUGAUAGCUUAUGAUACGUAGCCCUAAUAAACGACAAUCCUACCUAGCAAGAUUUGUCGACGGGCUCUCUAGACCCCCAAAACAUCUCUCGACGGCGCACCAUCUUCCUGUCUGGCUGAGGGGGUUGUCUUGUUUUCAAGCUUGUUCACGCGACGGAAAUGCAAUCUCACACGUAAUAAUAGACUGAAAGUUGCGCAGAGGAUUAUCGCCCAUGUUGCGAUGACGAGUAUCUCCAACUCAGCUGAAUCCUAGCCACCUCCCAACGAC